UACCGGGCACCUGUGACCUCAACGGAAUGGGUUGGUAGACCAUCCUACGUAAUUACGAAGGAGCAGUUGGAAGUGAUGCGCUCCUAUGGUUUGUCAUGGGUAGAAAUAGCGAAAGCACUAGGUGAGCCGAAAAUAAUUUCAUAAUAAAGAAAAUGCUCACGCGGAGUCAUUCGUAUUUUUUCUUUUUUUUUUUUUGUCAUGCCCCUUUUUUCGAGAAUGGAUGUGUUCUCUUUUAUUUUAAUUCAUAUUUUAAAAAGUUUUUGAACAUCGAUAUGGCUGCUUUAUAUUGGCCACAGGUUGAUCUAUGUUUCAUAUUCGCCGUUAUCGUGCUAUAAAGGGUGUCUCAUACGAUUUUACCUGUAAUACUUUUCGCAGGGGUCUCGAUUUCAACAAUAUGGAGACGUCGCAUCUAUCAUGAAAUGGAAAGAAGAAAGCAUUAUGGAAGAAGGAAGCUAGGUAUGCAAGAGCUGAUAGAUAUAGUGGCUGAAAUAAAGUCCAGAAGUGUGAAUGCGGGCAUCAUUAUGAUCGAGGGUGAAUUAGCGGCUCGAUCCCUCUACGCUAGAAGAUCUGCCAUCGCAGAGGCAUUAGUUCGCCAUGAUCCUAUAGGUGCAGGCCUGCGGUGGAGAAAUUUGACCCCAAGAGUUACUUAUAGCGUUCCAGGUAAUUUUACGUUCUGAGUUAUAAAACUUUGAACCGCAAAUCAUAGAUUUGAAUAGAUGUGAUCAAGUGUGCUGCUUAUUUCCAUAUUGCACCGCAUGAAGUAUGUGUCGCUAAGAGAAUUGUGAAGGUUUUGAUGUCCAUUUUUUACACGUCGACCUUAACAGAAAAGGAGCUCAUGUACGUCCAACAUUACCAUAUCUUGAGUAUGACUUUGGAUAUUCGUUCUCGAAUAGAGCCAAUUACUUUCAUCAUAAAAUAACAAAUGAUCAAACCCAGGAUCGUUGACUUAUUAGUGUUUGAAAUAUAUAUUGUAGGCCCAAACAGCCUGUGGCACUUGGAUGGCAAUCACAAGCUGAUACGGUAAGUAACAGACCUAAAACAUACCAUAAAUAUAUUGUUUUUAGAUUGCCUGCACUGUUCUACAAUAAUGCUUGAGGAAAAUUAAAAAUGAUCAGAGCGGAAGACAUUUACGUUCCUCAUCAACAGCAUUUUUUAACAUGCUGUAAUUCGUCUGUAUUCGGGAAUUAAUACCUGUUACUUCCUUUAAUGUAUCUAUGGAAUUCAGUAGAGGAAAAAUGCACCAUAUUCUACUCUUCCCCACUCAUAAUGUGAGUACCGUGUGAAAGGUGUUUUAAAACUCUUUUCUCAGAUGGAGGUUGGUCGUGCACGGAGGAAUAGACGGAUAUUCGAGGCUUGUUGUAUUCCUCCGCUGUUCCAGCAAUAAUAGGGCAGCAACAGUGGCCAAUUUAUUCUUAGGCGCCACAACUGAAUUCUGUUGGCCAUCACGGGUGAGGACAGAUAAGGGUGGAGAGAAUGCGGAAGUUGCGCGCCUUAUGGUUGAAAAACGAGGAGAAGGUCGCGGCAGCAUUUUGCAAGGUAGUUCGGUCCAUAACCAGAGGAUAGAGAGGCUGUGGAGAGACAUGCGCAAAAUGGUCACGGAGUAUUUCCGACUCCUCUUCUAUUUCUUGGAGAGGAACAAUCUUCUGAAUCCGAACGACGAACUGGAUCUGGCAGCUCUACAUUAUGUAUUUAUUCCACGGAUUAAUGAAAAUCUAGAAAAGUUUAAGGUGUCCUGGAACAAUCAUAAGCUAUCUACUGAAAAACAAAAGACUCCAAAUCAGUUGUACAUUCUAGGAAUGCUUAAUUUGUUUGGAUCAGAAUAUACAGCGGUAAAGGACUUCUUCGAAAGCAACGUCAUAGACUCCAACUAUUACGGCGUAGAGGAACCGGAUAUCAUUGAUGCAGCGUCAGAGGUGGAGGAGGCUGUCGUGGUGCCUGAAACAAUGCAAAACCUUUCUAACGCGAGCUUGCAGGAGUUGCAGCUACAAGUGAAUCCGUUGGAGCGGGACACCAACCACGGCAUCUCGCUUUACAUUCGAGCAAAAGAAUUCCUCUCGCAGCAAAAUUAG